CACACUUCACGUACCUAUGUUUAACUUUCGAAAGCCUGGCCUACUUAAUUAUGGAUAAUUGCUUUCAACUGAUGCCAAGAAUUUCCUCAAGUCAGAACUAGGGUUGCGCAUGAGAACAGACAGAAACGGUGGAUCGUUAAUUAGCUGGUCACUGAUAGUCACAUAACGAAAUAAACACAAUUACUUAAGUCUACACAAUGUUUUCAAUUUUUUCUACAACUGAGUGAGAAAGGGGGUCUUUCCAUAAAAGGAGGCGACCGGGUGACGCGCCAGACUUGCUGUUCUCUGUGAUGUGGUGCGAGAGGAGAGACUGGGGUCUCGUGCGCAGCUCAGUCUCCCGAAUGUUGAAGCAGAGUGGCGCAGCGCGAGCGUGCCCAUGCAACGAAGAGCGGGAACUGGCUUUUGACAGGCGAGAGUGACCGUCUUUCAGGAGUUUUAACGUUGACCUCCUCGGAGCCUGGCUUUAUUACGCAUUCUCUGCAUCAUUUCCCUCCGUGCCCUACAACUUGGAUAUUUUUCGGCUUCAAUUUAUCCGCUCCAGCUGCAGAGAUGAGGGGUUGUGCACGGUUGUCGUCGUUGCUUUUCACUGUUCUGUCUUCCUUUCUUGGAGUUACUACUGGAUUUAACUUGGAUAUUGAGAAGCCUUCGGUUUAUAGUGGACCAGAGGGGAGUUAUUUUGGCUAUUCUGUGGAUUUCUACCGGCCAAACCAGGACAAAAAUGUAAUGACCGUGUUGAUCGGGGCACCGAAGGCAAACACCACCCAGCCGGGCAUUGUGGAGGGGGGAGCAGUUUACUACUGCCCUUGGCCGGCGACAGAUGCAGACUCCUGCCGCCAGAUUCCUUUUGAUAAAGCAAAUAACAAGAUGAUAAAGGUGAAUGGGACUCGGGAGCCGCUGGAGUUUAAGUCUCACCAGUGGUUUGGGGCCACAGUGCGCACGCACAGAGGGAAAGUAGUGGCGUGUGCCCCGCUCUACCACUGGCGUACGGUGAAGGUGGAGAGAGAGAUGGAGCCUGUGGGCACCUGCUACAUCGCCGUACAGAACUUCAGCGCCUACGCAGAGUACUCGCCCUGCAGAAGCCAGAACUCGGACCCCGAGGGCCAGGGCUUCUGCCAGGCUGGCUUCAGUGCGGACUUCACAAAGGACGGCACUUUGGUGGUGGGAGGCCCUGGCAGUUUCUACUGGCAAGGCCAGAUCAUCACGGUGGGCGUGGCUGAGAUCCUGAAUGGCUAUUCGCUGAAGGCCGUCCUGAGGAAGGUGCAGGGGGAGAAACAGACACCGGCCGCACAGGACACAUACGAUGACAGCUACCUGGGAUAUUCAGUAGCCGUGGGGGAGUUCUCUGGGGACUCAGAGCAAGAAAUUGUUGCUGGGGUACCGAAAGGAGCUCAAAACUUUGGAUAUGUGGGCAUCAUAAAGGCUUCAGAUUUGAGCUUCAUUCAUAAUUUCACCGGAGAACAGAUGGCUGCCUAUUUUGGCUACACAGUCGCUGUGACGGACGUCAAUGGGGAUGGGCUUGAUGACGUCUUAGUGGGCGCGCCUCUGUUCAUGGAGCGCGAGCUGGAGAGUAAUCCUCGUGAGGUGGGACGCGUCUACAUCUACCUGCAGACACACCCCGAGACUUUUGCUCCGCCCAUCCUGCUGACGGGGACACACCUGUUUGGACGCUUCGCCAGCUCCAUCGCCCCGCUAGGAGACAUCAACCAGGACGGAUACCAGGAUGUGGCGGUGGGUGCUCCGUUUGGCGGUGCGGACCGCAUGGGCUGCGUCUUCAUCUUCAACGGGGGCCCUGAGGGCCUCAGGCAGGAGGCAUCUCAGGUGCUGAUUGGCUCGUGGGGCUCCACGGCAACCGGCCCUCCCGGGUUCGGCUUCACCCUACGUGGCGAUGGAGACAUCGACAACAACCAGUAUCCAGAUCUCAUCGUUGGGGCUUUCGGUGUUGACAAAGCUGUAGUGUACAGGUCGAGGGCGGUGGUGAGUGUGGAUGCUCAGCUCAUCUUGACUCCGCGAGUCCUGAAUCCAGAUGAGAAGACAUGCCGCCUGCCCGACUCGGACACCAUGGCAACCUGCUUUCGGGUGGAUGUGUGUAUGCAGAUAUCAGGAGUUGGCGUCCCAGAGACAGUAGUACUCCAGGCUGAGUUGCAGUUGGACUGGCUGAAGCAUAGAGGUGGUGUGAAGAGGGUGCUGUUCUUGGACACCAAGCAGCAUCAACUCCAUCACACCAUCAAACUGGACCAGCAGCACGACCAGCAGCAGCAGCAGCAACACUGCUACAACCACACCGUCUACCUCAGGGAUGAGGAGGAGUUUCGGGAUAAGUUGACGCCCAUCAAUGUGGCUCUGAACUACAGCCUGGACCAAAGUGCCGUCUACCCAGGCCUGACACUCCGCCCCAUCCUGGACCACUACAGCAAAACCUUCCACCAGGAGCAGGCGAAUAUUUUGCUGGACUGCGGAGAGGACAACAUGUGCAUCCCAGACCUCAAGCUGUCUGCUGUGAUGGAUCGUGGAGAGCUGGUGAUAGGCGACGAUAAUCCUCUGAUGCUGACCAUCAACUCAGCCAAUGAGGGAGAGGGAGCCUAUGAGGCGGAGCUUCACGUGCUCCUCCCACCAGAGGCCGACUACGUUGGAGUGGAGAGGAGACGAGAGGAUCUGCAGCGUUUGAACUGUGAGCACCGCGUGGAGAACGACACCAGAGUUGUGGUGUGUGACCUCGGGAACCCCAUGGUGGCAGGCACUAACUUGUUUGUGGGUCUGCGCUUCACGGUCCAGAGGCUGGAUGAAGCUGGUCCUCAAGUCAGCUUUGAGCUCCAGAUCCACAGCUCCAAUAAGGAUAACUCCAGGAGUAACGCGGUUAGUCUGACCCUCAACGUCGCGGCCAGAGCACAGGUGGACAUAAGAGGUGUGUCUCAUCCAGCCCAGAUCAUCUUGCCGUUACCCAACUGGAAGCCCAAGGAGAAGCCUGCUAAAGAGGAGGACAUUGGGCAACUAGUGCAGCACAUAUAUGAGAUCCAUAAUAAGGGUCCUAGUUCCCUGAGUCGCUCUCUGCUGGAGGUGGGCUGGCCUGCUCGCUUCAGAGACGAGCACCUGCUGUACGCCCUGCAGAUCAUCACCGAGGGCCCGAUACAGUGUGACGCCAACAUCACACUCAACCCCCUACAGCUGGAGACGUCCUCUACUCUGCAGGACACUCCGGAGCUGUUGGGUUUCCUGAAGAACUCCAGUAAGAAUAAGGAGCGCAGCCUGAGACGUUACCGCAGGUCCACCGGCAUCCCCAACACCGGCAAGACCCUGAACUGUUCGACGGUCGGGAGUUGCCUGAUUGUAAAUUCCGUGGGGAGAGAAUACUUGGAUCGAGGGCAGAGCGCCCUGCUCUCUGACUCUGGGCGUGUGUGUGUGUGUGUGUGUGUGCAGAGGCAGAAUAUUCCCUAUGUGCUGAACUCCAGUGUGUCCCUGCGAGCCCUCAGCAUGCCCUACAGAGUGCAGCCACACACACUACCCCAGCAGAGGAAAUCGAUCGGCACGUUUGUGGUGUGGACCAUUCCUGACGUGUCCCUGGCCAUCCCUCUCUGGGUCAUCAUACUGGCCAUCCUGCUGGGCCUACUGGUACUGGCCAUGCUCACCGUCGCCAUGUGGAAGUGCGGGUUCUUCGACAGGGCGCGACCUCCAAAAGACGAAGAUGUGUCAGACAGAGAACACCUCACUGGCGACAAAUCCACAGAUGCAUGAGGGACGUUGACUAUACAAAUGUGUGUGUGUGUGUGUGUGUGUGUGUGCGUGCGUGCGUGCGUGCGUGCGUGCGUGCGUGCGUGCGUGCGUGCGUGCGUGUGUGUGUGAACUACAGAAAGGGGAGCCGGGUGAGUGGGCAAGGGUUGGUUGGAGCGCUAUGGACUCCCACCACUAUAACCUCCCCUUCCACCGACAACAACUCAACCACCCCCACCCCCAAGCCUCCUGCUUCAACAUUCCUCAAUGAACUAUAAAUCCCAUGUUGCAAUGGGGUGCCACUCACUUGGGCGACCUCUGCUUCAGAAGCCCACACCUCACGAGUCCUGACCCCACACUGAUGCCCACUGGCUGGUCUUCUGGUCACCAUGGAAACCGUAAUCAUCAAGUCAAGUCAUCACUUUUGGAGUGGUCCAUUAUGUUACGUAUGUCGCUUCGCAACAAUUGUGUGACGUCACAUCUUUGGAGUGACAAACUAUGCCACGUCACCCCCUCACUGCGUGUGUCACUUUGUGAACCUGAUCUCUCACUGCGUGCCUUACUUGGAGAGAUGGUCGUUGGAGUGGAGAUGAUGAGAGUUGCAGCAUUUUGAGAGAGGUAGAACAGGUCUUUUCUUUUUCUUUAUUUUGGCAACACAUUUUGGCCACCAUUCUGUCUUUGGAAACACGAGGCGGUUAGGUUAUACUUUGGCUCAAGAAAGGACCCAGUGGAUGCUAGCGUGGACGACUGUUAUAUAUUGUUUGUCUUUGUGGUCUGUACCAGAACAGAUCGCUGCUUUUAUUUUGUUGAAAACACCCCCUGAUGCCAUCACCACCAGCCAAAUGGUCUAUUGCAACUUUGGCUGGGCCCAGGACAAAGUCAUCCGAAAGGGCCCACCACCCAAUACAUGCAAUUUCAUUGGGAGACAAUCCCGGGCCCCGCCCCCCCCCAAUUCCCUGGGUCUGGGACAACUGACCCCAACCCCCCAUCCCCCCGUCGGCUUCGCUGCCAUCAGUCAAACAGUCUUCCACAGCAGCGGCUUCCAAUCCCUUCCUCUCGUGCAGUCUCCUCUCGCUGUGAUUCAUCGCCCCCUAUAGGCCACAGCCUGUAUAGCAGCAUUGUAGAGAUGAAUGUAGAACCCCUGCGGAGGUGCCUUUGAAACCCCUUGUUUAGGCCAAACAUGACUGAGAUUCUUGCAGGACACGUUGAGUACAUUCCAAUAUGCAGACUCCCGUCCUCCACUUGUGCUUGUGGCCUUGCCCCGCCUCCUGGGCCCUCCUCCGUUGGAGAAAACAAUAUAGUUUCCCAGCUGUCAGCCUGGCCACAACAACUUUUGGGGGACUGUUAUUUAUUCACCAUCCUGAUUGCGAAUGAGAAAAAGGCAUUAGAAUUGUGCUUUUGCAAGAUAUUUAAUUAUUUUUCUGUCGUCAGACAUCAUCAUGAGGUCACAAGCAGGCAAGUGAGCAAGGAAGGACAGGAGUCCACAUAUUGGAAUCCACCCAUUUAUGAGAUGCCUUAAAAGACAUUAUGACUAAGGAAGGUGGAACUGUUCCAUGAUACCUUUGGGUAUGUCUGUAGUACACUUCUGCGGUGUAUAUGGAUGAUAUGCACCCUGUUACAGUGUAUGCAUACAGUGUAUGUUGUGGUGUGGGUUAGAAUGGCCAUGCCUACAGACACUAUCACAAACACAUCGACACGUGCAUGAGCACACAGCCUUUCUUUCACACGCUUAUAUAGUACACAUACAUGUGUUACUACAGACAUAACAGUGCACAGACACAAACACUCAGGAAGCAAUCUGUUUGAUUUUGGUAUUACAUAUCUGCCUUACUACAUCAUAAAGAAUGUGUUGCAUGCAUGCCAUUUCCCCUUCUUCAUCAAAAUAAUUCCAAUCAGGCUUCCUCGCCUUAGUAAUACCAAAUGUAGUGUACAUGUGUUUGGGGAGACAAAACAUCACAACAAGAAGUGUCAAUUCCGGUUUCAGAAAGUAAAAAUCCCUGCCAGAAAUGUGAUCUGAUCUAAUCGGAUCGUAACAAGUCCUCAAGAGAGGUGGAUCAGUUACUCUGUGAAGUCACCUGUGUUGGAAGGAAACUGUGGAAGGGUUUUUGAAAGAAAGAAAGAAAGAAAGAAAGAAAGAAAGAAAGAAAGAAAGAAAGAAAGAAAGAAAGAAAGAAAGAAAGAAAGAAAUUGUGAAAGCCCAGCUGGGAAACUCCAACUCCUAUUGUCAUUGUGACACAGCACUCCACAGCACACAAGUGCACACAACAAAAUUGCAUUUAUGCCUCACCCGUGCAAGGGUGCAGCCCCCAAUGGCGCCUGAAAGGGAGCAGUGCAGCAGGACGGUACCAUGUGCAGGGUACCUCAGUCAUGGAGGAGGAUGGGAGAGAACAAUCAUUAAUUACUCCCCCCAUCAACCUGGCGGGUCGGGAGUCAAACCGGCAACCUUUGGGCAACAAGUCUGCCCUUACCCAUGACUGCCCAUGGGAUUUUACCUCUGAACCAGAUUCUUGACACCUGAUCACAACGUUUUUCGUCAUGUUAUAUAUCACAGACAGAAUCUCCCUGCCUUAGUUUUCAGUUUGAAAAUGUAUUUGCUUUAAAUGUUGAAGUGUUGCUCGCACCUCUUAUUGAGGAGGCUGUGCAGAUGAAAAGUAAGCAUUCAUGAAUUAAGAUUCCACGUUAUGUUACGUUAUGCUAUGUUAUGUUAUGACUAAGUGCAAUAUUGUGGCGACUGGGAUGGAUGAUGAAGGGCCUUUAACACUGGGAUAUUUUAAUAUUGUAUUUGCGCUUGAAAUGUAUGUAUAGAAUAUAGACUUAAAUAUGUUUGCCUACAAGUGUGUUGGUACGUGUGUGUGUGUGUGUGUGUGUGUGUGUGUGUGUGUGUGUGUGUGUGUGUGUGUGUGUGUGUGUGUGUGUGUGUGUGUGUGUGUGUGUGUGCAUGCAUCUGUAUGUGCAUGUGUGUGUGUGCACGGGUGUGUGUGUGUCUGUGUGUGCGUAUGUGUACGUGUACAUGUACGUGUGUGUGCGUGUGUGUGUGUGUGUAUUCGUGUAGCUGCACGUUGGGGUGUCUUGUUUAUAAAUGAAAGGUGAGUCAGGCAUGGAAACUGGCUACUCUUCUGCUUGUGUCGACAGAAGGAAGUUGUGUGUGAGAGAGAGAAGAACACACACACACACACACACACACACGCAAGUCUGUCUCAAGCUGGACUUCAGAGGGGACAUUUAUUUGACCAUGAAAUUGACAAAAACAAACAAGAUAAUGUCACAUGAUUUCCAUUUUUGCCCAUUUAUGUAUGUAUGUAUUUUAACAAAGUUGAUGUUGCAGCAUUGCAGCAAAGAUUUUUUUUUUAUUGAAAUAAAGUCUUUUUUUUAAUUGCAGUUAAGCCGUUGUGCUUGUUUCGAAGUGAACUAUGGGAAUCAAAUUUAUACUGGUAAUUCCUGAACAGAAAGGGGCUGAUCUAUUAUUUGUCAUGGGACUCCUUUAUAAUGCGCACAAAGGAGUCGUCUAUAAUUACUACAAUAAUUUUUGUAUUUAUUA